UUGCCCGUCAGAGAGGUCGCCAUGAUGCUGAUCAUGGAGCAAUUGACGGACAAGCUGAACUGGCAUGAAAAAGUAUUUGACGAGGCCAUUGUGCAGAAAUGGCGCCAAGAGGCGAAGACCCAGUCCGAGAAUGGCCUCUACUCAAGGGUUAUGGAGGAGAAAAUGCAUUGGAACAGGAUACCCAUGCCUCAAACCCGCCUUAUCUCGGACGAGGCCUUUGAGUUUUGCAUUGCUGAGUUACGCAACAAGGCUGCGUACUUUGCCAAGACUGGUCUGAUCCCUACUCUUGAUUCGGCCGGCAAUACUAUUGUCAAGUCUGAUGACUUGAUGAACGCGCAACUUCGUGAUGAGCUGGUGCAAGCAUUCGAGACACUCCGAGCGGACCAGGCUGCAAAUGUGGACUGGCACCCUGGAACCAAUGACAUGGUGCAGAAUCUAGUCCAUCCUUCCAUGUAUCCCUUCGUCUUCAGCCGAUCUAGCUUUAUUUUGGAGGAGCAGAUUGGCUUGGACAACGCCUUUGACUUUGUUGGCAAAGGAGAAAUUCCACCCGCAAUUGAUCGCUUUCCCGACUACGGGAGAAGAUUUCUCAACAUUUGUUGGCAGCCUCAUUUCAUGGGGAUUGUUCCUCCUGAAUACCGGUCAAGCCUGUAUCAGUGGCUGCCAGCCAAUGUUGCAUUCCGCGACGAUGGGUCGGCCAAAAUUACCAGCUACAUCAAUAACCUGCACCCAGGAAAAUAUCCAGCCAUAUACACGGCGAUUGAGCAUGCCAUUGAUGCCGCCAUACCGGCAUGGGAUCAGUGCCUUCGGGAGGAUUUGAGAUGGAGAGAUACAGUCGCCGCUGGAAGGACGGAAUCGCGGUUCGACGCUAUUACCGAGGCAGAUGAUGAUCAGGAAGGCCUGUGGACGGUGUCGAUGAAAUAUGAAUGGCCGGAUGACGAGUCAUGGCAUUUCACCAAUCGGUACCAGUAUGGUGAUCCACCGAAGCCCAGUAUGGGUGAGAGGAUAUAUCCUGGCAAAUGGGUCGAGGGCCGAGAAGCCAUUAUUCCAGAGCCACGGCAAUUCAAAGAGAUAGACUACACUCCCCCGCAAAGGAUCCGCGACAAGUUCAAGGAGCACGGGCUGCAGAUCAUUGUGAAAAUGGCCAGCAUCGAGUUGACUCCUGAGAAGCCUUACUUUCCAGCAGGCUCAUGGCAUAUUGAGGGACAGAUGAAUGAGAGAAUAUGCGGUACGGCCCUGUUUUAUCUGGAUAGCGAGAACGUCACGGAUAGCCAUCUGUCGUUCCGUAUGCAGACUAGAGAUGACCUCAACGAGUCUAUUGAAACUGGCCAAGACAAUUACAACUGGUUGGAGCGGAUCUACGGCACUACUCUUGGGAAUGGAGGAUCUUGCAUCCAGAACUAUGGAGACGUCAGGACGUGCCAAGGACGAGUCCUUGCUUUCCCAAACGUAUUCCAACACCGGGUUUCAUCAUUCCGGCUUAAAGACGAGACCAAACCUGGACACAGAAGGUUCCUCGCACUAUGGCUCGUCGACCCUCAUGAGCGUAUCGUGUCCACUGCCAUGGUGCCGCCCCAGCAGAAAGACUGGUGGACUGAGGCUGCAAAGGCACAAGAGGACAGUCAAAUGGAGAUUCCUGAGAGUUUGAUGACGGUGGAAGAGGCGCUGGAGCACCGGCUGAAGCUGAUGCAUGAGCGAUCGCGACAGGAGGCAGAGACGAAGCAGCACACGGAGAAUAGGUCGUACAAUUUCUGCGAGCAUUAGCCUGCAUCUCCAUGGAAGGCACAAGUAUGAACCCUAGAUGCAUCUUUCUAUAUUGCAGUCAAUUAGUAGCUUUAUGUACCUGUACAUUAGUAGUUAAUAUUCAAGCAUCACCUGUUG